CUGCUCCACCAACUUGUCACCAAAGAUGGCGAUUUGCUGAGUGCUCAUGGAUACACACAUUUGUCGGUUAGCUCCCAUCUUACCCGAAACGCCAACUUUUAAAACAAACUAACUGCUUAGCGAAGCAUCUGUUUCUCCAUCGGAAGGAAAUCUGACAGGACGUCAGCCGUCGCUACCAUGCAGAUCACGCUGAAAACACUGCAGCAGCAGACUAUUCAGAUUGAGAUAGACCCCGAACAAACGGUGAAGGCCUUGAAGGAGAAGAUUGAGGCUGAACGGGGAAAGGACAACUUCCCCGUUUCUGGACAGAAGCUGAUUUAUGCCGGGAAAAUCUUGCAAGAUGACACGCCUAUUAAAGACUACAAGAUCGACGAGAAGAAUUUUGUUGUAGUGAUGGUGUCCAAGGCUAAACCUGCAGCUCCAGCCUCACCGCCAGUCUCGGAAGCCCCCAAGCCGCCUGUGCAAGACUCUGGCUCCACCUCCACCCCCGCCCCGGCUACAAACCCCGCUCCGGCCCCGGCCCCGGCCCCUGCAGCUGUCCCCAUUUCUUCAGAGGAGGUCAAACCGGAGCCCAACACGGCAGCCACAGAACCGCAGCAGCCAGCCAGCUCCAGUGGUGUCAGUCAGGGCCUGGAUGCCUCCUCAACACUCGUGACUGGAGCCGAGUACGAGGCCAUGCUGACAGAGAUCAUGUCUAUGGGCUACGAGAGGGAGCGAGUGGUCGCUGCACUACGGGCCAGCUUCAACAACCCUCACAGAGCGGUGGAGUACCUCCUCACUGGUAUCCCCAGCAGCCCGGUUCAGGAGAGCAACCCACCGGCCCAGGCCCCCACAUCUGGCCCCACGGAGCCUCCGUCUCUAGCAGAAGGUGAGAACCCACUAGCAUUCCUGAGAACCCAGCCGCAGUUCCUGCACAUGAGGCAGGCCAUCCAGCAGAACCCGGCUCUGCUCCCAGCACUCCUGCAGCAACUGGGCCGAGAGAACCCACAACUUCUACAGCAAAUCAGCCAACAUCAGGAGCUGUUCAUCCAGAUGCUGAACGAGCCGGUGGGAGAAGGAGGCGACGCCCCGGAGGUCGGCGAGAUGGGGGCGGCGGGUGAAGAGGGCGCGCCCGUCAACUACAUCCAGGUCACACCACAGGAGAAGGAAGCCAUCGAAAGGUUAAAAGCUCUGGGUUUCCCCGAGGCGCUGGUCAUCCAGGCCUACUUCGCCUGCGAGAAGAACGAGAACCUGGCAGCCAACUUUCUCCUCAACCAGGGACUGGAAGACGACUGAACGGGAGCAGAGCUCUGCCCCCUCCCACCCCCCAACACCACCACCACCACCACCCCCCUCCUGCCCCACCCAUCCCACCGCUCCCCCCUUCCUCAGCUCAACAUAAAGACUGCACCCCCUGAUCUUACUGUACAACCUCAGCUCAAGCAGACAGGAGGGGGAGGGGAGGCUGGUUGGGGGGUGGGGGGUUAAGUGCAGGAAAGUCAGAUUAUGGGAGUAGUGGGGGGGAGGGGGGAGAAAAGUGUGGAAGAAUGAUGAAAUCCACGUGAAUUCCAAUGGAAUGAGUGGGGUCAGCUUAGGGGAGAUCUGUAAUUUGAUUUUAGGUGCGCUUUGUGAACAUUAGGGGGUGGAGUGGGGGGGCGGAGGUGGUGGUGGGGUUGUGUGUGUGGGGUUGCGUGCUCAUGUCUGCGUGUGUGAGAGUACGUGUCUGUCUGUAUGCCUGUGCAAGAUGGAUGCGACACAGUUAGGCUGAAGAAGAAAAAACCCAACAACGUAAUCAAUCUGGCAUCCUCUAAGGUCGUUAAUGCUGUAGCUCGGUCGGUCGGUCGGUCGGUCGGUUGGACGGACGUGCUGCGACCACAUCAUCAGCGUGUGUAAAAAAAAGAAAAGAAAAAAAAAACAAAAAACAAACUGCUUUGUGUGUACCUCUGUAAGCCUCACGUCCGACAAUGAAAUUAGAAGAAGUGACGGACUGGACUGUGCUGCCCUUUUAUUUUUUUUAUUUUUAAUUUUUAACAUUUUUUUUUCUACAUCUCUCUGUCUCUCUCUGUCUCUCAACAUGUUUCUGGGGUCAUGAAGUCAAAACAGGAACAAAACCAUCACAGAACGGGAUCUUUAAUAAUCAGUUGAACUCCUGAGCGUCUGAGCGUGAUGUGAAGACGAGUCUGACUCUUCAUCACAUCUAAAACUGCUUUCUGUUCCUGGUUCCUUAUGACACUACAUAUUAAAUACUGACUGCACACGCUACUCUCCUCCGACAGCUGUGGUUUCAUUCUGAGCACAACAUUAUGAUCAAACAUUAUUAAUGACGGCAACUUGAUCCAAAAACGGACAUUUGAUCAGAAACGGAACAACCUGCGCGUCUCAGCUGGGCCUGGGGCGACGUGGAGCAAAACUCCAUGGAUCAUCAAGAACACCGUUAUAGAAACGGCUUGUGAUUUAAAAAAAAAAAAGAUUGGUCAAAUCGAACUUAUUGCAAUAGUUUUAUGAAAAUUCACUCUUUGUAUUCAGAUCUUAUUGGGAGUACACCCAUCAGGAUGUGCUCCAGGAUAUUUGAAUGCAUCAGCAAACGAAAGAAUUGCAAAAUUUAAAUAUUCAUAUUCAUGCCUCUAAUGUUGACCUAACUUUUAGUUUUAUACCUUAAGAACUUGCUGCUUGUUUCUAGACUGCAUUUAAUCAGCGGUGUAGAAAACUGGCAGAUUUCAUUGACCUGCCGAUCAAAGGAAAACCGUCACCUCAGAUCUUUUUAUUCAGGAUUUAGCGACAAACAUGCUAAGAUUAGCUGGAUAAUUAGGCUGUCUCUGGUUAAUUAGCCUGGAUUCAGCUGAUUUUACUCUGCAACUAUUGUUAGUAAUACAAAAAGCUUUACCUGAACAGGAGUGAUGGAUGACCCUUUGAUUCCAGGCCAUGUCCAUGUUUUCAUCCAGGCAUUUCUUCAGCCACCUUACUAGCAUUUUGUAGUAAGCUUUAAAUUAUAGAACAGCAAAAUGAACCUUUUUGUUGUUUUUUCAGCCUUGAUUCUAACAGCCUGUGCCCAGUUUGACCGCAUGAAGUUUUCCCUAAGAGAACCGUUAACCAGUGUAGGACGAUCCUGCUCUAAACUUCCUCCUUCAGUAUCUAGACUCUGACAGCUCCAGGCUUUGGACUGAGGGUAUUGCGUAACUCCCCAUAGGCUGUUUCAGCCGUACUCUUUAAAUUCUAUGGUUUUAUUUUUGACCCGGAUCACGAAAGAACUGGUUGUCGCUUUUAAAGUGGGAUAAGUGCAGGAACGCUCUCUGUCGUACCAUCAUGAAGGUUUGGAGAACCUUUAGGUUCUGUUCUUCCACUGAGCGAUAAGGACUGUCUGUAAGAAACGUAUUAUAGUUUUACUUUUAUUUUUGAAGACUUUCUCACCAAUGGGAUUUCCAAUCAAGAUCCGAUCCCAACCCGACCAUCAGUGAGCGAGUUGGGACUUGGAACCCUCUUUUUUUUUUUUUUCAGAACAUGAAAUAUUCACGCUAACGUUCUUAUUGUAGAUAUCUAAGCAUGAAGGACAAGGCCCUGGUUUAUUUUAUGGGGUUCAUGAAAAGAUGCUGUUACCGGUAACACAAGUGCAUUCUCUGUGUGUGUGCGUGUGUGUGCGUGUGCGCAUGUGUGUAUGUGUGUGAAGGCAGCCUGUACUGAUUGUUGUCCUACAGCAUCAACAUGAUCUUAGACUAUGCUGUGCUACAUUAAAUAUCAGCAGUCUUUCA